GGUCGCGCAGCGCGCAUGCGCCCCAGCCCCGCGCUGCGUCUGGGUUGCCGCCUGAGCGUGAGGAGCGCGGAACGGUCCGCGGCCAUGGGGCCGCCGCGCCGCCCGCCCGCCCGCGGCCCGGGUCUCCUCCUCCUCCUUCUGGUGCUGUCGUGGCUCGGUGGAACAUGGGCUCAGGACACGUGUAUGGCUCCAGAUAGGCUGCAAUAUGCAGAGCUUGAGGAGCGUUUCAGCACAAUGAAGAGCUUUCCUGUUGGAACCACGGUGUCAUACAUCUGCCGGCCAGGGUAUACAAGAAUCCCUGGAAAAUCAUCAGCUCGUACAUGUGGUGAAGACUUUCAGUGGUCACCUACAGAGCAGUUCUGUACCGAGAGAAAAUGUAACCAUCCAGGAGACUUACAACAUGGUUUUAUUAAUGUGACAGAUCUUACAUUUGGUUCAAAAGCUACUUUUUCUUGUGAAGGAGGAUUCAGAUUACGUGGAAUUCAUGAAAUUUACUGUGUAAUUAAGGAUACAGGUGUUGGCUGGAGUAGAGAUCUUCCUUUCUGUGAAAGAAUUCUUUGUGAACCACCUCCAAACAUAGCCAAUGGGCGCUACACUGAAGCAGCUGACUAUGUUUAUCAAACAUCAGUAACCUAUAGUUGUAAUGAUGUACCAAAAGGCGCGGAUCCCUUUUCGCUGAUUGGUCCAGCUACUAUUUUCUGCACAUACGAUGCACACUCAAAUGGAGUUUGGAGUGAACCACCUCCACAAUGUAGAGUGGUCAAAUGUGAUAACCCAAAAGUUGAAAAUGGAAGAAAAAAAACUGGAUUUGGACCUUCCUAUAGCUAUAAGGAUUCAGUCAUGUUUGAGUGUGAUCCAGGUUAUUUCAUGAUCGGACCGGAGGUAAUUACCUGUGGAGAAAAUAACACCUGGUUUCCUCCAAAACCAACUUGUGAAAAAACUACUGCAGGUGCAUGUGGUGCCCCAAAUAUCGCACAUGGAGUAGUGAUUCCAGCUAAAUCUGUAUAUGAAGGAGGAGAGUCUGUUCAGAUAAAGUGUGAUACUUCUUGUACUUUUCCUGAUGGCGCUGAAGAGAUGACAGUAACUUGUCAAGGACAGAAUAAAUGGAGUUCUUUACAAAACUGUGCAUGUGGGCCUAAAAGUUCUGGUUUCACUCCACACAUAAGUUACGGUAGAGUAAUUGAUGGACAAAAAUCUUCAUAUUCUGUCGGGGAUAUUAUUACAAUUGAAUGUUAUGCAGGCUACACGUUACAUGGUGCAACUCGUAUUGAGUAUGUUGGAGAAAACCAAUGGAAUCCUGGAGUGCCAACUUGCCAGUUAAGUGCCUAUAUUACAGCCAUCAUCUGUGUGAUUGUGGCAAUAGUGGUGUUCCUGGCAGCCUUCUGGGUCUAUAAGAAAUUCUUUUCACAAAAUGGCUUGUGCCCUCAGCAGCUCAACUCCGUAAAGCAGACAGGAACCAACAGCAAAAUCGGACUGCGUCACAGAUGUAACAUGACCAUCGGCAAAACAAGUGCAGAAGGAGAUCAUGGCUGCCUCGUCAGUGAGAGAGCUUUCCUUCGAUAUCAAAGACGAAUAAGAUGGGACCACCGUUGUUGCUGCUAUUCCUGUUGUUCCCCUGCUCUGCGGAACUGGCGCUGCAGGAGGCAAGGAUGCUCCAAGGGAGCCAGCUACAGCCAGCGAAGGCUCAGUGAGUCAGGAGGGGUUGUGACGACUGCAGUAAGAGUCUGAAAUUCCCUAUGGAGUCUGGCGGAAAAGGAGGGGAGGCAAGAAAGGUGGCGAUGGGAAAGAGGAAAAAAGCGGGGAGUGGCACCUACUGUCUGUUUUCUUCUUCCCUCCCUGUUCCUACCACCGCACUGCCGUUGGAAAUGGCAUCCUCCCCUCUACGGUACUGCGCAAAGGAAUGGAGUCGGGGAUAAAACCGCAGCGCGUACGGCCUUUGUAACCACACAACCAAAAUCCGGUCGGGGUGGGUGUACGUGUGUAAAUACAGCCCUUCUCUCUCUCCCUCUCUCUCAGACUGCCGUUCAGAGGACAGGGUGCUGCUGAAGUAAUGGAGACGGCAGACGCAGUAUGUUUGAGCCGGUUCUGAACCCAGCGGUUGUUGCUAAACAACCCGACCUGACGCUUGAGAUGUCAAUGAGUGAGUAAUACAGAUUAAAUGCUUAUGCUACCAUAUCCUUAAACUUGUUUAAGCCUCGAUAUGGUGAAAGGCUAUGGAAUAAUGUUCCCUGCCGUAUGAGAAAGCAAAGUUACCACUCCACUGCAUAAUCGGGAGACUUCCUCGGCCAGAAGGACCAAACUCAAAGCUGGUUGUGUCCUCAGCACUUCCAGGCAGAGUUGCCAUCUUCAUUGCUGGUCGCUUUAAGAAGAGAGGUGAAAAGAUAGUAUAGUAAAUGGUUAAGAGAGAAAAACGUUCUCCCCUUCAUUUCCUCAUCCUCUCUCUGUAGCUGCUCUGCGCCCCCAGUCUCCCAUUCAUCCUUACCCAGGCCUUCCCAAUCCUUCACACCCUGCUUUCGAACGCUGUUACUUCUUUUGCAAACCUUUACAGACCCGUCACUUAGGGCUGUCUUCAGGUCUCCCCGAUGUUACCGAGCCUGUGGCAAACUCACACUUAUGCAAACAAAAGCUGAGUUUGGGCAAGAGUCUUUCUCACUUUAAUUAUUCCCACGACAUAAUUUCCAGGUGCAACCCCUGCCCCAAGCAGUUUACAGUCCUGCUAACGCUUCACCACCUUAUAAGGGAGAAGGAAGAAAGCAAGCGAGCGAGGAGAAAAGCCCCAGACCCCAGUACUUUCCCCUUCCCCGCCGUUCGCAGCUCUGACACGUCAUCGUGGCAACUGCGCGGCGAAACGAAACCUCCCCGGCACCCGCGCGGGGCACCCGGGGGUGCGAGGUGGGGUACCCGCCGCUCCGAGGGGUUAACUGCUCCUUUCCUGCCUGCUGCCCCUGCCCCAGGGGGGGCCCGGCAGCCCCCCGGGAGCGGCGGGCAGGGGAGCGGGCAGGGGAGCGGGCAGGGGAGCUGCCGGCACUUUGAAGCAAGUGAAAUCGACGUUGAGAUUUGACACCCAGUCCUCGACCAAUCCGGGAGGGCUUUUCACCUGCCAUCACCUCCUCCGCCAAUCGGACGGCGCCUUUGGGCUGAGAGCCCUCCCCGGCCAAUGGGGAGCCAGCUCUGCCACUUAGUUAAUGAUGCAGCAGUACAGGGAAGACUAUCACAUGUGAGCUGGAAGGCUGCCAACAUGGAGACACGGAGAGAGCAAGGUAAACAACUUUCCAACGCCAAAAUGAUGACAUUUAAUCCCUAAAUGCUAGCUUCCCGUCUCGACUCAUCCUUAACCCCUUUCAGCUGGUGUGGAAGCGUCUGGAAGGCACCGUCUACCUGUCCCCAGUGCUUUUAAAAACUGGACGACAUGCCCUGCAAUGAUCACUGCGUCACCGUUUACCACUUUCCGAACUACGCAGUGACAAACCUCCAAGCUCUGAAACGCAGAGCGCCUGUUAACCCCUCCACCGAGCCCUCGCCAACAUGCCAGCCUUUAGGGAGACAGGGGGGAAUAAAAAGCCCAGACAAAACACGAAAACAGCAGUCUUUGCAAAGUUGUCAUCUCUCCCCCACGACUACUACCCUCCUCUGCAGUACAGCAAUGCCGGCAAGAGUGACAUUAGUACAACCUGUGCCGUCGUUCCAUUGAGAAAACAGCUCUGACGCAGAACAGAGCAAUCAUACCCAGCCAAAAUAAUAAUAAAGGCACUUUGGGAUCCGAACUUAGGGACGCCGGGGGAAAGGGACACCCUGCAAAUAAUUAAAAUACGCAGAUGCAGCUCAAGCCCCAUCCUGAUCAAAGGGUACGUACGUGGGAAAGACGAACCGGACCGGAGAGCUCUGCCCGUGCACCAUCUGCGCAGUCCUCAGCCCUCCGCUCGCUGUGUAGCGCCGCAGAAUAGAAGGUUCCAGAAAUUUCCUUUCCGUUAACCCUUUCGGCGUCUGCCCACUCUCCCUCCCCGCGGGAUUAAGCGCGCCGGGUCUCCAGCAUCGUCAAUGGGCGAAGCCUCCUACGCCAACCGAGCCCAAAUACGAUCUUUAAAUGACACUGGAUGGUGGCAGGAGCCCACUCCCUGAUGUUGGUGUUACUUCUCUUUCUGGAGCCCUCUCUGCCUCUCUUGCUGCCUCUCUCCCCUCUUGCUGCAGCAGGGCUGUUGCUGGUAGACCUAUCGACGGAGCUUGCUCUCUCACUCUCUCGCUGAGCUCUGUGACGCAGCUCUAAAUUCUCCAGCCUGCUCCCUGUGUUAUAAGAGCGGAACUGCAGCUUUCCAGGGAGCCCGUGCCAGCGGUGCCAGGGCCAGGCAAACCGAGGGGAACGUCGCUCCUGGACUCUGCACCUUUUUUUGGUAAUUAUUAUGUUCCUCACCUCUCUUUCUGUGCUUCCUCCAAGGCUCUCAGCCUCGCAUCUCCUUCUCUGCUUCUGAGUCAUACUUACUAGGUUAACUCUUUUAGGAUUGGUAGUCAGCAGUACAAAUCUCGAACAAGCGCAGCUGAAACCACAGCCAACUUUGUGGUGGUUUCUGCUUUAAAAAAACCAAAGCAAAUCUUCUUGGCUCUAAAAAACAAAAACACACACGCACACACACACGUUCCAGUAGAGAGUUAGUGCUUUUUGAUUAACUGUUUCGGUGACAGGAACCACUACUUGACUCCCUAAAAUAAAAUAUUUUAGGCCUAUGUGUUGCAAAUGCUCAGCAGGCAGUUACCCUGAAGCACAAGGCAACUUAGAAGGAACUGCUCCUGUGAACGAACACAGGUCUUCUGGGCAUAAAACCACAAGGCUACUGCUGGACCCACAAGACCCUGCUAUGCUGGCCGCAGGACAUUGAUCUGAAUGGGGUUCAGCCACUGGGCAGGUGCCUGGUGUAAGAUAAGGUACUGAAAGUGCUAGAAAGCUAUGGGCUCUUCUUAAUCUGAACAGCAUUAAUAAGUGUUACCACACACACAGAUUCAAAACGCUCGGCGUAGGCAGGGGAACUAAUAACUGCAUUCCUGGAGUCACCAGAAUCCAAUAAUCUCUGUCAAAGAAAGUCCGCGAACAGCUAUGUAUUUCAGCACAGCAGGCUUCACCAGGCCAGAAAAAUUUUGCAGACGAACACUCUCUCUCUCCUUGCCUCUGCCCCCCGAGACCGUCCCUUGCGUUAACUCCGGUGCCUUCAGUCAACUUCAGCACCAGGCAGGGGAAGCAGUGCUCUCCUCUCUUGUAGCCUCAAAACCGGAAAAUGUGGAGGAGGAUCAGUGGUAGAUACAGCAUCUGGGAAUCAAAGAGAAGCUAAUGGAGAGCCAGCACUGUAUGAGGGAGUUCAUGCGUCAGUCUGCAUAUACAAAAGAGCGAGCGAGAGAGCCAGCAGUCCAUUUGAAAAACACAGAAUCAAGAGAGAGAUCACUACUACACAGCUACACCUGCCAUUUUAAUUCCGGACUUCAGAGCUGGCUGUGAGCUUUGGGUUUUUCACUACAACCAAAGCUGAAGUAACCACUAUUUUUUCUCUUCGCAGCGUCUGAAGAGCCUGAGCUAUUUUGGGAUUUGUCUGUACUACACUGAAAAUGACACCUGUUACGCACAGACACAAAUGAGAAGAAUUGCAAGCUCCUGGUUUCUCAGAUACGAUUCUACAAAAAAAAAAGAAAAAGAUCCUAUGAGCUAGGGACCUGGGAGAGCAGCACAGGCUCUCAGUGUGGGGUGAAGGGGGCGACCCUUGUGAAUUGAACAGUCAGACACCAGUACAAAAAAAUGUAAUAGGUCUGUUGUAGCUGAUGCAAGGGGAAAUCAAACCUCCAUGUGACCAAAAGAAGCAGUGCUUGAUCAACUAAAUGCCACAAGACAUGGUUUCUUAUGCAAUCAAACCCGUGGGACUUCAAGCCUUAUAUAUACGCUUUGUGGCCAAAGCUGCAAGCAUUAACUACUUCAGUUAAUGAAGGUAAAAUUGUAAGAGCACUACGGCUACUUAAAUGAGUCACCCAGCAGUGAUACUCGCUAAAGUAGGCCAGUGUUUUAUGUGAUGUUAAGCUGUCAGUGCUGGUUUCAGUAACCCCUGAGUUAUCUCAGAAGCUCCACCAACAUGGCAGGGUCAGAGCGGAUUUUCCGCAUUCCCCGUUUUCCCCGCCAGCGUGCGGCUGAUUUACAACACACUAGCGCUGUGCAGACGAGACAGAGGCCAUCUCGCUGGACCCGCGAGACCCAGCGAAGCUCUGAACAUGAUUGCGUACGGCACUGGAGCAAGAUAAAAGACUCGGAGCCUCAGAAAUGGGACAGUUGACUGGUGCUUUUAGCUCACAGCAAUUUUGUCAGUCUCGUGGUAUAUUAAGAAAAUAAAAUGGAGCUUUGAUUUAUUUCAAA